AUGAAGGAGAAGUCCAAGAAUGCGGCCAAGACCAGGAGGGAGAAGGAAAAUGGCGAGUUUUAUGAGCUGGCCAAGCUGCUCCCGCUGCCGUCGGCCAUCACCUCGCAGCUGGACAAGGCGUCCAUCAUCAGACUCACCACCAGCUACUUGAAGAUGCGGGCCGUCUUCCCCGAAGGUUUAGGAGACGCGUGGGGACAGCCGAGACGGGCCGGGCCCCUGGACAGCGUCGCCAAGGAGCUGGGAUCGCACUUGCUGCAGACUUUGGAUGGAUUUGUUUUUGUGGUAGCAUCUGAUGGCAAAAUCAUGUAUAUAUCGGAAACAGCCUCUGUACAUUUAGGCUUGUCCCAGGUGGAGCUCACGGGCAACAGUAUUUAUGAGUACAUCCAUCCCUCUGACCAUGACGAAAUGACGGCUGUCCUCGCGGCCCACCAGCCUCUUCACCACCACCUGCUCCAAGAGUAUGAGAUAGAGAGGUCAUUCUUUCUUCGCAUGAAGUGUGUCUUGGCGAAAAGAAAUGCGGGCCUGACAUGCAGCGGAUACAAGGUCAUCCACUGCAGUGGCUACUUGAAGAUUAGGCAGUAUAUGCUGGACAUGUCCCUGUACGACUCAUGCUACCAGAUCGUGGGGCUGGUGGCCGUGGGCCAGUCACUGCCACCCAGUGCCAUCACAGAGAUCAAGCUGCACAGUAACAUGUUCAUGUUCAGGGCCAGCCUGGACCUGAAGCUGAUAUUCCUGGAUUCCAGGGUGACGGAGCUGACCGGGUACGAGCCACAGGACCUGAUCGAGAAGACCCUCUACCAUCAUGUGCAUGGCUGCGACGUGUUCCACCUCCGCUACGCGCACCACCUCCUGCUGGUGAAGGGCCAGGUCACCACCAAGUACUACCGGUUGCUGUCCAAGCUGGGCGGCUGGGUGUGGGUGCAGAGCUACGCCACCGUGGUGCACAACAGCCGCUCAUCCCGUCCCCACUGCAUCGUGAGUGUCAAUUAUGUCCUCACGGAUAUUGAAUACAAGGAACUGCAGUUGUCCCUGGAGCAGGUGUCCACGUCCAAGUCCCAGGACUCCUGGAGGACCGCCUUGUCUACCUCACAAGAAACUAGGAAAUUAGCUAAACCCAAAAAUACGAAGAUGAGGACUAAGCUGAGAACAAACCCUUACCCCGCACAGCAAUACAGCUCGUUCCAAAUGGACAAACUGGAAUGCAGCCAGCUCGGAAACUGGAGAGCCAGCCCCCCCGCCAGCGCUCCGGCUCCCCCAGAACAGCAGCUCCAUUCAGAGAGCAGUGACCUUUUGUACGCCCCGCCCUACGGCCUGCCCUUCUCCUACCAUUACGGACACUUUCCGCUGGACUCUCACGUCUUCAGCAGCAAAAAGCCCAUAUUGCCGGCCAAAUUCGGACAGCCCCAAGGAUCCCCGUGUGAGGUGGCACGCUUUUUCCUGAGCACACUGCCAGCCAGCGGCGAGUGCCAGUGGCAUUAUGCCAGCCCCCUAGUGCCCAGCAGCCCGUCUCCAGCUAAAAACCUUUCUGAGCCACCGGUGAACGCUGCUCGACACAGCCUUGUGCCAAACUACGAAGCGCCCGCCGCCGCCGCGCGCAGGUUCGGCGAGGACACCGCGCCACCGCCUCCGCCACUGCCGCCGCCGCCGACCUUCCCCAGCUGCGGCCACUACCGCGAGGAGCCCGCGCCGGGCCCCGCCAAGGCCGCCCGUCAGGCCGCCCGGGACGGGGCGCGGCUAGCGCUGGCCCGCGCGCCGCCCGAGUGCUGCGCGCCGCCGGGCCCCGAGUCCCCGGGCGCGCCGGCGCAGCUGCCCUUCGUGCUGCUCAACUACCACCGCGUGCUGGCGCGGCGCGGGCCGCUGGGGGGCGCUGCGCCCGGCGCGCCUAGCCUGGCCUGCGGCCCCGGCGCCCCCGAGGCGGCGGCCGGUGCGUUGCGGCCCCGGCCCCCCGGCCCCGCCGCCGCCUCGCCGCCCGGAGCGCCGCUGCCGCACUACCUGGGCGCCUCGGUCAUCAUCACCAACGGCAGGUGACCCGCAGCGAGAAGCCAUAGGCUAGGCCGCUUGGGCCCCUGAUUGACAACGUCCAGCCGAGUCCGGGGGGGGGGGGGACGGCGAGCUGUAGAUGCACGAUUUAAAUUAAUUUAUACAGAGACAACUAUUUUAAUAGAACUCCGCGGCCAACUUUUAGAUUUUUACCGUAGCUACCAUAAAUGCUAGUGCAGGACCGAGUCCUGGCCCCAGGCCCGGCGGGGAAAUGCACGGCAGACCUUUCUGUUCUCCAAGAGCCGGAUUAGUCCAAGGGCCGAGCCGAGGUCCCCAGCGUCCCGCGUGUGACCCCAAACCACCCUGUCUUUGGGGGCACUUGGUUUCCUCUUCUGGAAAUGAGGCUCGCGCGCCUGGCCGUGGCCCCAAUACCCAGUAACAGUCCCGUUGGGAGAUCGAAGGAGGUUCCACUCCAGAAAUAUCCUCCACUUUAAGGAGGGACCCUCACCCUGAUAUCGAAAGAUAUGCCAGAUGCGCACAGAGCUGACGGAGGAUGCCUCCAGCAUCUGAGCCCUUUGAGAUUCUUACGUCAAGGCAGAAUGUGCUGAUUUAAGUCCCCAGAAUAGACAGCUCCAGGGUCUUUAAAAGCCAUUCAUGAGUCUCCGUAAAAGUUGUUUUAAUUUAACCCUUUCUGCCAUACAAAACUCAACAAGCCCAGGCCCAGGUGAUGACCGUGGGGGUGCUUCACAGGUACUUCCGGGGUUACUUCCUCCUAACCCCUCUGAACUCUUGAUAACACCAAGAAUAGCACCUUCAGAAUAUAUCGACUAGGCAUUAAAUGCAAAUAUAUAUAUAUAUAUAUACACACAUAGUACCAGAUAUUUUAUGAGAAUGAUAUGUGGAUGAUCUAGGUGCCCAAGGCGAUUGGCUACCGUUGUCAAAUUUGAUUACAAGGCAGAAUCCCUCUGGUCCACACAGACCUGUAAUUCUCUAGGCUCGAGUUUGCUACAAGUAGUGCUAAUCAAGUUAGUUAAGUUGCAUGUGCAAUAUGGAAAACUGUCAAUGGACUGUGCCUCAUGGAGGAAAACGUGCUAAAGGGAUGUAAUAAAAAUGAUGUAUACAUUUUCUUCAGCAUUUUCUGCAUUUUCUACAUAGAAAGUUCCAUAUGAACAUGUCAUGUGUGUAACAGGUCAACAGAAAUCCUUUUAUAAGGCACCAGCAGUGUUUUUAAAAAUGAACUUCCAUUAAUUUUUGUUUUAUAUUUUUGCUUCAAGAUUUCACCAUUUAAAAAUACUAUCACAGCUCUGAAGUGGAUGGAUACAUUGAACCACCGUCUUCCAGUUUGCUCCACUCUAUAAACACUCCCAUCAUUUUGCUGCUUCUUAAAAAAUGGUUUACUUUUAGGCAACUCCUUCCACCUCCCUGAGUGGAAGGGUUUUUAACAAGUGUAUUUAACUCACCGUUCUAGAAUCAAAGUGUACCUAUGUUGACUGUUCUCAAAAUGUGAAGUGAUCUGUUGCCAACCCAGUGUCACUAUGAGGACCUGCCUUGUUCCCUAGCAGGGUGUCAGUUGCCUUAUGAUAAAGAGGUGAAAUCUGCAAAUUUAGUAAUGUGUCCUGCAUCAGAGAGGCUGGGUUAUAAGAACUGAAUGCAUACACCUCUAUACUGCACUUAGCUAUACCUCACUAGUGGAUCUGUGUGAGUGUAUGCAUACAUAAAAUAAAACUGGGAUAUUAUUUUUAUGUUCACGACUCCCAUAAUUUAACUAUAAUUCCUGGAAGAUGCAGGUUUGAUGAGCAGGAGAUAUCACCAACAUUUUUCAAUAAAAUAUUGCAAAACGCU